UGGCGGAGAAACGCAUGAAAAUGUCGCUCUGGUUUUGGAGCUUAUAAAAGUUAUUUUUGGACAUUUAUUUGCUGCUGACAAGAACACAUCCCAAAGCAAAACAAAGGUUUCCACUAUGAGCAGCCGAAGGAAACGUGCGCCGCCGGUGCGCAUGGACGAGGAGGCCAAGAGGAGACUGGAGUGGGAUAUGCUUGAAGAUCGAAAAAAUGAAGGAGAUUAUGAAGACAUUCAGGGGUCAAUCCCAGCACCGUCGGUCAACUGUCAGCCUGGACCAGUGCUUGAGAGCAGCCAGGAAGAGGAAAGCCCGUGUUUUAUAUCUUCUGCAGGCACAGAGGAAGGACCAGGAGGGCGUCCAAGCUGCUCCAUACAGGAUUCUCUUCCGGAUACCACAGAACUCAAUGUGAUCCCCCUUUCUGCUCUCGAACAGGGGUGGAACGCCCUGAUUGGAGAGUUUGACCUCUAUCCAAAGAUUCCUUUUGUGCUUGGAGACGAUUCCUUCUGCCUGCAGAAAACAGGUGACAAUCUAAGUCUGAGUCUGGAUAGUCAUGAAUUAGAGGUUGAGACGGGCAGAAGUGAUCCUCUCUGCCCUGUGCCGAUUGAAUGCUGCUUUGGUGGAAAAUUGUUGGAGGACCUGGAUUGGCUACAGAAGAGAAAGGUCAUUAAAUUGUGCCAUGCUUCAGGAGAUGAAUCAGUAAAGCUGAAAAUCUUUCUUCUCGAAUCAGGAUUGGGCAGACCAGAAUUCCUCAGUGAAGGAAAUGGGCGCAUUAAAAAAGCCAAUCAGCUUCUGCAGAAAUUAAUGGAAUUCUUCUAUGACUUCAUCAUCCCCGAGGUGAUGGACAACGAAGAGGAGGAGUGUGACACUGAUCUGGAGCGUCAGAACGUUGAGGAGCUGUACGAUCAUGUCAGACACCUCCACCUGACCGAAGCAGCGGAGCAGAGUUUCGACGUCCAGCACCCGGGCCUCAUACCUGUGCUGAGACCCUAUCAGAGUCAGGCGGUCAGCUGGAUGCUGAGGAGAGAGAAGUACAAAAGCAGCAGCUCUCAAGAGCAACGGUUGCAUUUCCUUUGGAGGGAAAUCAUCACGAUUUGUGGCAAAAAACUCUUUUACAAUCCUUACUCUGGAUGCUUGAUCCGAGAGUUUCCUCUGGCUGGAGUGGACUGGCCUGGUGGGAUCCUUGCUGAUGAGAUGGGGCUUGGGAAAACCGUGGAAGUACUGGCCCUUAUUCUGUGCAACACCCGGCAAAACCUGGAGCAUGGGGUUCUCACUUUACCUGUGGGACAAUCUGUGAAUUACUUUGUCCCUCCUCCACCAUUAGAGAAACAACGAACCAUUAAACAUGAGGUGAGACCCAAGGAGAAGAUCAUUUAUCCAGCUGUUCGUGAGAUGCUGUUGACUGCGAUCAAGGAAAUGAAGGUUGGGAAAGGAGCAUCAAUCAAUGCCAUUUUUGCUUAUCUAAGGACCAUGUACAAGUACGACACCCUAAAGAACCGUAACCAUAUUAAGAAAAUCUUGACCAAACUCAUUAGUGAGAACAUUGUGGAACAGAUCAAAGGACGAGGGCUAGCAGGAUCCUUCAAACUGGGGAAGAACUACAAAGAAAAGAAGAGGAAGCCCGCCGCUCAUCGAACUAAAUCAUUUGACAAGGCCACUCCCAGGAGAACAUCUCGUCGAGUUUCUACUCCGGAUAAAGAGGCAUCGCUGACCUCUUAUACCACAGCAUCGGAUUCUGAAGACAGCGUGGCUCCUCUCCUCACAGAAGAACUGAAGAGUGAGUCAGGUUCCCUUCUGGACGCAGAGAAUCCACUGCAGAAGACGUCAGUAGACAUCACAGAUGAAGAUGAUAAAGAAACAGCAGACAAACCCCAACACCAAAUGACAAAAAACAUUCAUAUUGAGAGUACUGAAGCAGAUCUUACUCAAAACUCAAAGCCUGAACCUGAAACCCCAACUAGAGCGUCUGUGAUCCCAUUUAACACCUCAGAUUACCGCUUUGAGUGCAUCUGUGGAGAGCUCGGGUUGGUGGACUAUAAGCCUCGGGUUCAGUGCCUAAAUUGUCUGCUGUGGCAGCACGCGGAGUGUGUCAACUAUAAAGAGGAGAACCUAGACACAACCCCGUUUUAUUGCCCUCAUUGUCUGGUGGCCAUGACACCUGUGUCUACUGGGGCCACUCUUAUCAUCUCACCCAGCUCCAUCUGUCACCAGUGGGUGGACGAAAUUAACCGGCACAUUCAUACCUCCUCCCUUAGAGUGCUGGUGUAUCAGGGCGUGAAGAGACAUGGUUUCAUCCAACCCCACAUUCUGGCUGAGCAGGAUGUGGUCAUCACCACUUACGACGUGCUGCGCACUGAACUCAAUUACGUCGACAUCCCCCACAGCAACAGCAAAGACGGCCGUCGAUUCCGCAACCAGAAGCGCUACAUGGCCAUACCGAGCCCACUAGUGGCCGUGGAGUGGUGGCGCGUCUGCUUGGAUGAGGCUCAGAUGGUGGAGUGCACCACAGCUAAGGCAGCAGAAAUGGCUUUGCGUCUCACAUCUGUUAAUCGUUGGUGUGUCAGUGGAACACCUGUGCAGAGAGGUUUGGAAGACUUGUAUGGUCUUGUCCUGUUCUUGGGAGUUGAUCCCUAUUGGGUGAAGUACUGGUGGGACCAGUUACUGUAUCGCCCGUAUCGCCAUGGCAAUACAGGACCACUCUACAAUGUCAUUGGUCAAUUACUGUGGCGAUCUGCCAAGAAAGAUGUCAUUGAUCAGAUCCAAAUCCCCCCUCAAACAGAAGAGACCCAUUGGCUCAACUUCUCCCCAGUGGAAGGACACUUUUACCACCGUCAGCAUGAGGUUUGCUCCCAGGAUGCUCUUGUCAAGCUAAGGAAGAUCUCUGACUGGUCACUAAAGCUGGGUAGUUUGGACCGACGUACCGUCAGUACCAUAUUAUACCCUCUUCUGCGUCUACGCCAGGCCUGCUGCCACCCGCAAGCUGUCAGAGGAGAAUUUCUGCCCUUCCAGAAGAGUACAAUGACAAUGGAGGAAUUGCUAAAGUCGUUGCAGAAGAAAUGUCGGGUGGAGUGUGAAGAAGCCCACAGGCAGCUGGUGUGUGCUCUGAAUGGUCUGGCUGGAAUCCACAUCAUUAGAGGUGUUGUGAGCCUUGUUUCUGAACACCUACAGUCUGUACCUGUACCUGUACCUGCCUCGACUGCUGUAGACAUUAAUAACGGUUUCCUGUCCUUGCCAGGAGAGUUUGCAGAUGCAGCGGAGAUGUACAGGGAUGUGUUACGAUCAUCUGAAGAACAUAAAGCAAGACUGAAAACUGAUUCCCUUCAGAGGCUUCAUGCAACUCAUAAUCUGAUGGAGCUUCUAAAUGCAAAGCAUCCUGGGAUUCCACCAACCCUGAGAGAUGACAGUCUCAAAGAAGAGGCUGAGCAGCUGAAGCAGCAUUACAUGGCGAAGGUGAAUUCGGAGGUUUCAGAAGCACAACAGAACCUGCAACCUGUUCUUCAGCACAUCAAAGAGCUCAAACGCAAGGUGAACGUUCGCUCUCCCUGGUGGCUGGAUGUCAUACAGCAGGCCAUUCAGUACUCUAUGGAUGAUGACCUUGUGGGCCGCAUCCAAAAUGAGCUCACUUGCAGUUAUAAACAACAAGCCAACAAGCUCUCUUUGGCAGACAAGUUUCGAGAUGCGCGUGGUCUUCAGUUUCUGCUCAGCACUCAAAUGGAUGAUUUGAUGAAAUCACAGAAAACGGUCCAGGAUGCUGUAAAGAAGCUGGAGGGGCCGCCAUCUCAGCAAGUCAUAGAGGAAACAACACUUUGCCACCUACGACCUGUUCGACUGCCACUGAACAACUGUGUGUUUUGCAAAGCUGAUGAACUUUUUACGGACUAUGAAUCAAAACUUUUCUCUCACACAGUAAAGGGGCAGACGGCCAUCUUUGAGGAAAUGAUCGAAGAUGAGGAAGGUCUGGUAGACGACAGACUCCCCACCACCAGUCGAGGAUUGUGGGCGGCCAGUGAGACCGAACGAGCCCUUAAAGCCACCCUGUCCUUUGCCAAGGUCCGCCGCUUGGAGUCUGGCCUCAUAGAGGAGGGAAACUCUUUCAUGGAGCUCUUUGAGUCCUGGAAGAAAGAAUAUAAGCUGCUGCACGAGUACUGGAUGUCCCUGCGGGAUCACGUCUCGGCCAUAGAUGAGCUGGGCAUGGCCACCGAGAGGCUGCGUGUGCGGUUACCUGAUGAGCCCAAACCCAAAGUGCUGCAUAUCAUUGAACCUCACGAGGUGGAGCAGAAUAGGAUAAAGCUGCUCAAUGACAGGGCAGUGGCCAAAUCACAACUGCAAAAAAAGCUUGGGCAGUUUCUCUAUCUCAAUAACCUGGAGAAGUCUCAGGAUAAGUCCACUGGCGGUCUGAAUCCAGAACCAUGCCCAAUCUGUGCUCGACCACUGGGUCAGGAGUGGGCCGUACUGACCUGUGGACACUGUUUCUGUAACGAGUGCAUCGCCAUCAUCGUGGAGCAGUACAGCGUCGGCAAUCGUCGUCGAGCCAUAAAGUGCGCCAUAUGCCGGCAAACCACUUCACAUUCAGAGAUCUCGUAUGUGUUCACCACUGAGAGCGCCCACCAGGGGCAGGACAUCCCUGUGAAGGGUAGCCACUCCACGAAGGUCGAAGCUGUGGUUCGAGUCCUAAAGAAAAUCCAGAUGACCGACCCGGGAGCCAAGUCUCUUGUGUUCUCCACGUGGCAGGGCGUCCUGGACAUCAUUGCGAAAGCCCUUUUCGACAACAACAUGGAGUUUUCACAGAUCAACGGAAUUCACAAAUUUCAGGAGAAUCUGAGUGCUUUUAAAUACGAGGAUAAGAUCAACAUCUUGCUGAUGCCGCUGCACACGGGCUCAAACGGGCUGAACAUCAUCGAGGCGACGCAUGUGCUGCUGGUGGAGCCCAUCCUAAACCCCGCCCACGAGCUGCAGGCCAUCGGAAGAGUGCACCGGAUUGGCCAGACCAAACCCACUUUUGUUCAUCGGUUUCUGAUCAAGUCCACCAUUGAGGAGCGAAUGCAAGCCAUGCUAAAAACAGUAGAAAAGAGUCAUGGUUCCACGUCCAUGAAGCAUUCGGAGGCCUCCGUAUUUACAGUGGCGGAUCUGGCCGAGCUGUUCACAGAGGAUAGCGAGGCUCUUGAGUAAAUGUCUCAGUCCAGAGGCCAGUAAUGUGAACACUACACUAACACCAGCCAGGAGACGAGCUGACCGCUGCUCUCCAGCACGCCAAUAUAUUUGCUUUGCACAUUCCCCUUUCUAUACAAUCUGUCCCGUGGUGUAAUUUAUUCAUUAUACUCGAUGUGGAAAAGAAAAUAAUUGAAUGUAUAAGUCUUGUAUCUCUGUUUGUUUUCUAGAUCGAUUGAUAGUAGGUGCGAUUUUUAUUAAUGCCUUGUUGUGCAUAAACAAAUGUUGUUUUUUUAAUAAUGUUUUAUUUAAAUUAGAAUACAUUUCUAAUGUUAAACAAGCUGUACAGUGGAUUCGUUUUAUCAUUAGCACUCGUAUAUUUGUGAUUAAUCGAACAAGCGUUUUAUAAGAAGCCCACUGUAAUCACAGUCUUGUCAAUCUAUGCUGUUGAGUUGAUAAUUCCAAUAAUAUGUCAGACAUCAUGUUAUGCGCUUGUCCUGUUUUAUUUUUUAAUCUAAAUGCGUUUUAUGGUCUUUUCCAUUAUGUUUAGGAAGGAAAUCGUUUGACUUUACUGCACUGAUCUUUGGGGGAGUGUCUUCCGUUCAGACGCUCCAUUCAGUGGAUUGUCUGCAGAAAGUAGUUGCAGACCAUGUAGGAACAUUUAUCUGGUGCUAUUUGCAAGACAAAAGACACAAGAGUGUCUGUAAAACUCUUCCAAUAAAGACCACUUGUAAAAAGUAAAACCAGAAAGUAAAAGGAAAAAAAGAGACGUUCUUUGUCUUGGAAUUACCAUGUACAACGACAUAGAAACUGUAUUCUUUCUGUUAAGCUGUACUGAAAAAGAUUUGAAUAUCUUUUUUAUGAUAAUAUCAUUUUGUGAUAACCAAAAUACAGUCUUGCACAUUUUCAAAUGGAACAAAAUUAACCAAUAAAUUGACAGAAAGAGAAGCA